AUGGCAGCUUCUUUCUCGGUCGACAUUACCUACGUGCCCGCUGACUGUGGCAGCGUCAUCUUCGGCAAGUCAAAAGCGCCGGAUGCGUUCAAGUCUGUCAACACUGCUGCACAUUUACGCUCGGUCGGUUGUGACUCGGUCGCUGAACACGAGGCUCUCUCCGCACCGGCCAACUGGCGCUCGACCACAUUCGAUCCCGGGAGCGUCCGCAACGAGUCGCUGAACGUUGAGGUUUGCAAUAAGGUACGAGAUGCCUUAGCGAACAAUCUCAGUGCAGCGCCUGAGCGCCCACCCUUCCAACUGAUCCUCGGCGGCGAAUGUUGUAUGCUUCCGGGCAUCUUGUCAGCCUUUUGGUCUUAUUAUGCGUCCCUUGGCAAACGCGUUGGCCUAGUGUACAUCGAUGCUGAUACCGAUCUUCACUCCCCAGCUGAUGCUUCCUCGACCGGAAAUCUAGGUGCUCAGACCUUGACCCACCUGGCCGACGCACCAGGAGGGCUGAAAUCCAUGAAGGAAUUUUCUCGCCCUGACGGCCGGCCACUCUGCGAUGCGUCCAAUACCGUCUUGUUCGGCCUCAACAUGACUGCGCCGAUUAACAGGAGAGAGCAUUUUGCGUACCUAUAUGAGAAGCACUAUCGGGUCGUUCCUUCUUUGAGCGUAGCAGCAAAUCCCGUACAUCAGGCAACACAAGCGCUGAGUUAUCUCGAGGAGCAAGGCAUGGAUAUCAUUCUGGUGCAUCUAGACGUGGACGCCAUCGACCCAGGAGAGUUCCCGCUGGCGAACCUACCAAACUACACAGGGGUGCAAUUUGAAGAGAUGAUGAAAGCGCUGGAAGUACUAAUGGCUCACAAGAAAACCUCCGCUCUUAGUGUUGCAGAGGUCAAUCCAGACCACGACCCAGGAUUGAGUAUGACGAGGAUGCUCUCUGACGAGUUGGUACGGAUUUUGGGCAGAAGACAUAAGUGA